AUGGCUAAUCGUCCAACUCUAGCACAAAUUGAAACCUUAGUUGAAUUUUUAGAACAAAACGUCGGAAUUGCGAAAGGUCUGCUUCGGACAAAUCAAGCAAAAAUGGAAAUAAAGAGGCAAUGGGCAUCUGUAGCUAUAACUUUAAAUUCAUUGCGAGGAGCAAACAAAGAUGGGCAAGGUUGGGCUAAACACAGCAAUUCCAUGAGACGCCCUGGUGGUGGUUCUGCUGAUGACCUGCCCAUGUUAUCAGACUUGGAUAAGAGAUUGGUGGCAGUUAUGGGUGGUCAAGAAAACUACGCUAUUUUUAUAAAAACUAAUCUAAAGAAUCGAACAGUGAACUUAUAUUCUUAA